AUGAUCCGGUCACGACGGUCUGCCAGCAAAAGCGACUGGAAGGACUCGAGGACGCUCGUUCAUCCAGCCUUAACAGCACGAGGUAAGAUUACAGAAAUUACUUUGGUAUUUAAUAAUCGGACGGACUCCGAAAAGGUCGUUAAACGAGCCUCUAUCUUUAAGAUGCUGGUAUUCGGUCCGGUUACCGGCUGGUUACCGGUGUCUUGUGUAUGUCCUAAACUGCGCAGCCGAGCAUAGUUCAUCUAAUCGCUCCUAAGACAUAACAAUAUUUUAUAAACAACACGAUACAAACAAACACAAUACAAAACAAACAUGAAGCUCGCAUUCAGUUACGCGAGCACCGAGGCUUUUGUCGACUGCGCGUCCGUGAAUUGGCCGGUUAACGCCACCGGGUGAGCUGACAUCGUGUCUAACGUUGCACGGGAACGCCAGCGCUGUGUCCACGACCGGCGGAUGUAGGCCGCGCGCGUCCUUCGCAAAGCGGCGGACCAGAGAUGCGCAUCCCGGCUGCCGCUUCACGGCAAGGUUUGUCGGGUUCAGACCGGCUGCUGCACGGGCUUUAGGACUGCAUGAACACUCUCAGACAAACAUGCAUAUUGAUGUUAACAUUUUGAAUAUUUCUCUCAUCUAGGGACGUGGGAUUGACCAGCGCCGUUUAAGUCUGGUUCCAGUCGCUAGUCGCGUGAUCUGCCCCCUUUUUUUCGGUAAACAGCACGUGCAUGCGAGCGUGCAGGCGGUACCUCUCUCCGCCUCAACAAAACGGGCGUUGUUGCUAUAGCAAAGUAAAUAAGGGAAGACGUGCAAAAGCAUCAGAGGAGAUGCAGAAGCUACUAGGAACCGGCCGGAGUUUACGGCUGGUGUAGGAUCGGUGUGGUGUUAAAAUAGGGAUGCACUGUUGUUGUUCUUCUGCGAAACCAAGAUGUAUUUCCCCUGCAGACGCGAAGAUGAAACGAACAUGAUCGGCCCCGAUGGCCCCUCCAAACGCGAGCCAUCCCGGGCCGCCGGGACACGGAGGAGCAGCCCCGGCGAAAUACUGCACCUCCUGUCGGCCGUGGUCGUGUGGCUAGUGACGGGGACGACCAUAUCGAGCCUCAACAAGUGGAUAUUCGCCGUGUACAACUUCAGAUACCCGCUGCUGCUGUCUGCUUUGCACAUGCUCACGGCGGUAGUGGUGGACUAUGGACUCGUGAAGUACUGGGUGGCCCGGCGCACACGCACGGAUGGACCGGACCUGACCCGCAGCGUCAGGCGCAAGGUGCUCCUCCUCAGCCUGACCUUCUGCGCCAGUAUCGCGCUCGGUAACGUGGGGCUCAGCUACGUGCAACUGUCCUUCGCGCAGAUGAUCUACACCACCACGCCGAUAUUUACGCUGGCGAUAUCAUCCCUGGUCCUCGGGAAGCAGCACCACGUCCUCAAGUACACCGCAAUGAUGCCCAUUUGCCUCGGCGCGUCCUUCAGUAUUCUGGGCGAGGUCCAGUUCGACCAGACGGGCUGCUUCUGCGUCCUCGCCGCAACCUUGUUGCGAGGUGUAAAGAGCAUCCAGCAAAGUAUCCUGCUACAGGAGGAGAAGAUUCCCUCUGUCUUCCUGCUCUACCUGAUGGCUGUGCCCAGCUUCCUCAUCCUGGCCGUGGCUGCGUUGGCGCUGGAGAACUGGGCGGGUCUGCAGGCACUGCAGCACUACGACCGCCGCCUGUGGGGAUUCAUCCUGCUCAGCUGCCUGGGCUCCGUGCUCUACAACCUGGCCAGUUGCUGCGUCAUCAGCCUGACGUCCGCUGUCACCCUGCACAUCCUGGGCAACCUGAGCAUGGUGGGGAACCUCCUCCUGUCCCAGAUGCUGUUCGGCAGCCAGCUGUCGGCGCUCAGCUGUGCCGGCGCGGCGCUCACCCUCUCUGGAAUGAUCAUCUACCAGAACUCGGAGCUCAUCGCCGGCUACCUGGACGCACGCCGAGCCAGAGGGCCAGCGGGGACCCGCCGGGACAUGGAGAACGAUGACGGAGAACAGCGGCAGGAGCCAGAGCCGUGUUCAGAAUCGACGUCUGGGCCGUCCCGGGAAAGUUUAGAACUCUCUGUAGUGUCGUCUUUAGAAGUGUCCACUGAAGUAUGCCACUAUAUGGAUCCAUCUCCAGAACUGUACUAUGAUGUAGAAUCAUAUCUUGAACAAUCUUCAGAACCAUACCAUGACCGACAACCGUCUCUGGAGUCCGUUCCAGAACUGUCUCUGGAGCUGUCUCCAGAAACCGUUCUACACAGGAGGACAGAGAAACACACACAUGAGAAAAUGGACUGAACAGAGCAGGGACAGAUCAUCAGGCUGGGAGUCUGGAGAGCGGGUUAGCUCGUGCGGCCCUACCGACUGGGCUGGGGUUGGGCUGGAUGUGGGAGGGAGCACCGCCGGAUGAGUCACGGCAGCGCUGCGUUGCCUCCACGCUGUGCCGCUGCCGUUAGCUUUAAGUGACCGAGACUGUAGAAACGCCGCUGACCUUAGCGCACGCCUUUUAUUUAUUUAGUUUUAAAAAAAUCACCUCCAUUUUCGUGAGGUAACACGAAUAUCCUACACACUCGGAUGUGCACAGGUCCACGUUCACUCCUGCAGGAAUGCGGAAGGAUCGGAAAUCUGGCCGCCUCACGGACUGACUGUCGUCUCCACUGUGAACCUGCCGUGCCUGUGGGUGUAACACGGGCAGGUAAAAUGAUGGCUACUCAGCAGCACAAACAGUAGUGGAGGGUUUAGGUGCCGUUCCUCUUCUGCCCCUAACCCUAGCUGGGCUGGGGUAUGGUCUUAGGGCAGCUGAGCUGGUAAAUGGUGAGCGCCACACAAACAGGGUGUUGAAUUUGUUGAGGCUCUCUGUCAAGCUUACAUUUAAAUAAAUUGUGGACUGGCAAGAUCACUGGAUCUCCAUUUUGGCACAGAUAGGAAAUUGAUUUUGGACAGAGCCAUGGGCCACCUCCGUGUGUGUGGGUGGGUGUGUGUGUGCGUGCAUGUGUAUUUCUCCAAACUUACAUUUCCAUAUGGAUAAAGAUGCAAAUGAAAUGAGCUUCAGUAGCUUUGCUGUGAAAAUAAGAUGAACUCUCUGAAACACAGGCUCCAGCUAGUGAUCCCGAACGGGCUGAUCCUUACGCUCCUGGACAGCUUGUACUCGUGCAUAUUUUACGUGAUUAUAUUUUAAUAUUAAUAGAUUCACACUGUGUAUUUUGUGGUUAGUAUUCUAGCCAUGCAUUGCUCUUUUUUCCUCCAGGCAUUAAUGGGCAUUUUAACAAUGUCCUUAAUCAGUUGCUAAAAAAACACAGUUGGUGUGUCGUGCAUAUAAUCCUCAUUAUAGCGUGGUAUUAUUAGACGUGGUCUCUGGGGAGGCGGGCACAUCAUUUGCACAGUGUGGCCUCAGCGGAAAUUAAAAGUGGUUCCAACUUCUCUGUGCCAAGCUAACGUGAUUCCUCUGGUUUAUCUCAUUCACCACAGUUUUUUCUUUGGUUUAAUUUCAUGUUUUGUGUUCUACUUGACUUCCCCCCAGACAGUAUUAUUACAUCCUAUUGCAGGAUGGAUUUCGGGGACUUUUAUAUUGUGUUCCUUUAUUGGACAGCGACGCUAACAGAGGUCACCAGCAGGACUGUAUGCAUGGGACGGUCAUGUGGUUAUGUCGCCACCUACUGGAAACGAUAUGUCUUUUUUUUUUCUUUUUUUUCCCCCUGAAUGUGGUUUUAUUUCACAAGGGGUUCAAAUCCACUGGUCAUUUCAUGCUGCCUGCUGCUCCCCUGCUCGGUGAAGUUGAGGCAACGUGGACUAAAACAUUGUAAUGCCUCUGACUUUCAAACUGGACAUAACAUUUGCCUCAGCAAACACGACAGUGUUGACGGACGUGUUUUUUAUAGCCUCUCGCUUGCAUAACUAAAGUGUUGAUAAAUACAUGAGUGCAUUUUUUUUUGCUUGUUUGUUUGGGACCGGGACACAAGCCUCAGUUUAAUCACGUUAUCUGGAGAUAACGGAGAUGCAUUUCUGUUUGUUUUUGUCUUUUAGCUAGCCAUUUUCUCAUGCCCCACUGGGACUCUUUUUCCUGUAAGCACAAAGCCCCCCAAAAGUUGUAUUUGUUAAAGACACACUGAGCAUACUGCAGUGUUGGGCAGUGCCCACCACCCGUGCUGUGGCUCACCAGCCUGCACGAUGGUGUGCUUCCUAAGUGCAGUUGUAUGUCUGCAGAGUUCAAAUUGCACUCUUGACAACAGCAUAGUUCUGUCAGUACAGAACUAUUGUUGUUACAGUGACUUUGUUGAAGGUAUUGGGGCAAUAUGUACAUGUGCUGGGCUGGUGACCACUUUUUUAUACAUGUUAAAAGCUCUCAAAAGCCAAACAGAGCCCAGCACUGACGAGCCCGUGCUGUGUGAAUGCUUAGAAGAUUCUAGGACGUACUCCGCAUUCACAUUCAGCCUGUCAGCUGUUUGUGUUUUUUGUUUUUUACUGAAUUCCAUCAGCCAACAACAAACAUGAGAAUUUUGGAGAUUUUGUUCAGUGAGGAGGACCUUUAACGUGAGGUCGAACUGUUCUGGGAUCAGCAGACAGCUAGCACAAUGUGGCUAAUGCAUUAGCGAGGGCUCUGGGGAUGAGCUGGACUGACACCUGGACAAACGGCCUUCUCUGUGAGCGUGCUGCUACCACGUGGAUGGUUGCCCAUGUUGGUGAAGGUGGUCUGAUGUACAUCAUUAAUUAUUUUAGAAUAUUUAUGUAUUUUUCAGUGAUGAGGAAGCUGAGUAAAUAUACUGGGUCAUGAAUGUC